AUGCCGCUCGCCGUGGCCUCAGCCCUGCGCGGCCACGAUGUCUUCUCCAGCAAGUCGCGAGGCAGGAGCAGAGCCGCCUCAGAAGUCGGCCCCCUGCCCCCGGCCGACGAGAAGAAGCCCGAGCGCGCGCGAUUGCCCAAAGCCGCUUCGUACACCUACUUCCCGCGCGUCAAGGGCCUCGAUGGAGAUGCGCCGGCGCACGACUCCGACGACGAUCUUAAGAAGGCCAAGGACGUCGAGAUCACGUCUGACAGCUCGUCAGGCGGCUCUAGCCCGUCCUCCGAAGAAGCCCCACAGGCCCUGGAGAUGCCGCAAUUGCGCCCUGCCCCCAUCCAACGCCGGUCGUCGCGGUUCCUCCCCUUCUCCAGCAAAAGUAGGGAGCCCUCGAUCGAGCCCAAGCCGGAUCGCAAUCGCAAAGAGACAGUCAAGGAGGCUGAAUCGCCCGGAGGCUCCCCCUCGAGACCCUUGACGAAGCUGAGGAGGAAGUCAUGGGUUGUCUCGCAGCAGCAGCAGCAGCAGCAGCCUGCGACAACCUCGCCCACAAAAGAGAGCAAGAAGGAGAAGAAGGCCGCUCAGAAGGAGGAGAGCGCAAAGAAGAAGACGGCGACUGCCGAGGCGCCGAAGCGAAAGACACCAGCGAGCUCAGACAGCAUUCCAGAAGAAGCUGAGGCGAAGACUGAGGCAAGGGGCGAGGCCACAGACACCGUAGACGAGCGAACAGCGCCGAUACCUCUCAGCAAGAAGAACAAGCGUCUCAGCGCGCUCCUGACCGCCAACGGGCCCGCAGUCCCUUCCGUGCCAAAGUCAUUCUCCACCGAACAGCUUCCCCUGUACCCGCAAUCAGACAGCCCUCUCACCCCUACCGAGCGCGUUCCUCCGCUACCCCGCAACAUAUCGACAGACAAGCUUGGUAACAAAGUCAAGACGGAACCGCGCAAGAAAGAUGAGCUCUGGACCGUAUUUCGAACCCUAGAGGGCGAUCUGCGCAAGUUCCAGCACAAGUCCAGCUCUCUGAAAGCCAACAUCGUUCGUACCAGCCUCCUCCAAGACUUCAUCUACAAGUACGCCAAUCACCCCUCGAACCACAAACUCAGACCAGAAGACCUCGAUCGGAGAACAAACAUUCUCAAUGGGUGGUGGACCGGCUUGCUGGAGCUGGUGGCAGGACGAAACAACCAAUCAAUAUCUGGGACAGACCGUCCAGUCAUCCUGGAGGGCCUUGCUGGAAUCAUGGAGAGACCCGAAUGGAGGGUUGCGCCAUCCCCGCUCUGCCCGCUUGCCGACCGCGAAGAGGCUGGACCCACCCUGACAGCCACAUCGGCCACCUCCAGCUCCUCUGAUUUCCUGGCAGAGUCCGUCUACCACAACGUUAAGAACACGUUCCAGCAAAAUCUGAUGUCCCAGAUGGCAUUUGUAGUAGACAAGAUGACCCCUCGAAACGCAGCAGCGAGUCUAGUCACGUUCUGCGGCAAGACUUGUGCGUAUGCCUUCUGCUUCUGUCCUGGAGUCGCUGAUAUCAUGGUACGGUUGUGGAGCCCUUCUCUGGAGAUGAUGAAGCGUGUGCUAGAAGAGGCCGGCAUCUCGAGGAUAGACAAGAUGGAUGCGAUCUCCGACCGCAUUUCAGCUGUUUUCCCGCCAAAUCUCUACCCACUCAAAUUUCAAUCUUUGGCCAAGAUGGUCCGCACACUGCGCAACCCUCCAACUGCGACACCACCAUUGCAGAUUGCCAAUCUCGACUGGUACGGGCUGUGGACGAAGCGCUGGUCCGGUGCCGAGAGCGACCUUUUCUACGUCUUUGUCAAGCACUACCACAUUCUAGUCACUGGCUUCCUACCUAACUCACCGACCGCAAAAGAGCGUGUUUGUGCGCCAGGUCUGCUCAUGGUCCACGCGCAGGUACUCGUCAACAUGGAUGCAACGAUCAACAGGCAUAUUCAGCCUCAACAGCAAGACGACAAUGGGGGCGCACAGCCCAUCACAUUUGACGAUGUUUUGAGCGACCCUGAUGCCUCUGCUUCCACCGUGGCAAUUCCUCCAGCAAACGCCACACGGCAGAUGCAAGAGAACCGGCUGAUCAUGCUCAUUCGCGAUUUCCUUUCCGAGGGCAACUCUCACAUUCAUGCUGCUCGGCACAUGUUUGCCGACAGUUUUGCAAGCUUACUCCAGGCACAGGCACGAAAAAUUUCUGUUUACGAUAGCAAUGCGUGUUACACUCUCUGCGACUUUCUGGAAGAGGCGUUUGGAAUCAUGGUCAGAUACGAGCAGCACAACACCGAGCACCAUGCGGUGCUGGACUGGCCGUUCUGGUUGAAGGUCUGCAGAGAGAUGACCGCCAGCGAAAAUACCGCCACGGAGAUCAAGCUGUACUCGUUCCUGUUCAGCAUUUGGUCCACCCUGGUGCUAGACGAGCAGCGGAAAAGGAGUUUAUGUCUCGACUUUCUUUUGGAACCUGCAUUUUUUGAGAGCAGAUUCAAUCAUUGGUGCCCCAUGGUGCGCGCGUAUUAUAUGCGUCUGAUUUGCUGGCGGGUCGCACGGUUCGACGGCGAGCCCUCAGAGGUAGAAGUAGAGAUCAAGACAGCACUGAGCGAGCGACUGCGCUCCAUCUGGUCUCACUACCUUUGGCUCGCUGAGGACGCUGAACGGCUGCAAAUCGCCUUUCCUUCAACGCAGGCUUGCAAUCCUGCGCCUGGUCGACGUUUCCUUAUUAUACGUAAUGAUAAUCCCAUCGCCGCCAGCAACGGCCCCUUCCUCACGUUCGACGGCGUUGUACAGAACCCGCAUCAGCGGAAGCCAUCCGCUUCACAACCAGUUCCAGAACCUAUAGUGCAGAAGGUCGCGGCAUUGACCGCGGAUGCAACCGACUUCCCGGAUGAAGAGCCCACCAAGGGCAAAUGGGGCAUGCUGAAAAGUUUUAUGGGCGGUUCGUCGAAACCAUCCAAGUCCAAAGCGGCCGCUAAGGAUAAGGAGAGUGCGAAGACAACGCCCAAGACCUCCCUCGAGAAACCUGCGGAGAAGCCAGCGCCGACACCCACAACAUCGCCCCCUCCUACUCAUCGCACCUACAGCUUCCGCUUUUCCCUCGAGUGGGUUGACAAGCGUUUUGGUACUUAUCAAAACAUGCGGCUCCAACCACCACGACUACCGAUGCCGGCGCAAAUUCUCCUUCAACAAAAGAGCAUACACACCGAGGCAGUCAGCAGCGUCCAGCCCACAGGCAAAGCUGCAACAUCAAGCCGUUACGCCGGCCGUGCGCUCGCAGAGUGGACCUUUGUCUCGCACGAAUGCCAGAACUUCUUCGACCGAAGAAAGAACGAGGGGGUACCGACCAACAAACAUGUCGAGACACCAACGCUGUUAGUCGAAUCCUUCAGGCGCCCUGGUUAG